CGCCGGAAGUUUACAGCCUGAUCUUGACACAUGAAAGUCACCGGUAAAAUAAUAGCAGUGACACCCGCCAUAGGACGUAUUCCUAUUCUGUGAGGCAGCGGAACAUAAACACGAGUCAAAGAUGGUUGAGUCCCUUUUAUUUUUAAAGCAGACCAGUGUUUACUGCAGCGACCGUAGUCUGUUUGGGCGCUAACUGACGAAAGCAUUUGCCAGCUAACUCUCGACGACCAGUUACAGCAUCAUUUAUCUACCUCAGAAUAUAGAAGAUAUCACCGCGGGGACAGUUUACAGAUGGCAAGGAGACUGGGUCGAAUAUUCAGGGGCUUUCAGAGCCUCGGUUCACUCGCAUUCAUGAAGUCUGAACUCAGCAACCUCCCUGCCAGCGUUUCAUUGAAGAGUAUGGUGCGAGCGCUUCCAUCGCUCUUUUCAUCCAACCCCCGGGACUUCAGCCUUCCUAACUCCUCAUGGGGCACAGAAAUGAGGCAGCUGUAUGAACAUUAUAACAGCCAAUGUGAGGCGGUGACAGACGGAGGAGAGGAACAGAGUGGACUGUGGAACAGACUGCCAAGCUACAAUCGUUCUCUGAAGUAUGCUGCAGGUGGAGUAUACCUUAGCAAGAUAAUCCAGGCAAAAGCUCGUCUUUUCACCCGCAACAUCAGAGACCCGGGGGCAGCAUUUGAGUACGUUAUCUUUGCUAACAAAAAGGAGCAAAGGUGUGUGUGCAUUUUCCAGGCUGGACACCUUCUGGAGGGACCACCAGGAAAUGUCCACGGAGGGGCGAUAGCCACUAUGAUUGAUACCGUGACAGGAACUCAUGCUUGUGUGCAUUCUGGACCCGUUAUGACUGCCAACCUCAACAUCAACUACCGCAGUCCCAUCCCGCUGGGAAGUACAGUGUUGAUCGAAUCCUCUCUGGAUAAGAAGGAAGGCAGGAAAACGUUCAUUUCGUGUAAAGUGACCAGUGCUGACGGCGCCAGAUUGCACACAGAAGCAACAGCACUGUUUGUGUCAAUCGGCGUCAGCCAACUAAUGAAAGGGUGACACGAACCCGCCAGCCAGCCAUCUAUGAAGAAGGAGACUUCAGAAACAGUGUGCAUUUUUUUGUUUUGUCUAAUUGGGCCAUUAGGUUUUUUUUUAAUUAAAAGGAUGUACAUAUUUUCUAGGCGAUAGAAGGAAACUCUUAUAUUAAAUUAAAAAAAGUUAACCUUCUAUUUAUACUACUAAUAUGUUGCAGCUGAUCUGAUACUUAGCUCUACUUGACUGCCGCUGCUUCACGUUACUAACUCAUGAACAAAUUUACUGAACUAAUUCAGAAGUAUUGAUGGUAUUGAUGCAGUAUUGAUGGUUUUAAUUAAGACUGCUGCGUUUGAGAACAACAUUAUUGAUUUAAAUGUACUGUUCAUUUAUUUAUCAUUUUAUUUUCUCCAAAAAAGCCUUACCUAAUGGUAUUGUGGUGCUCAUGCAGGUGGUGCGUUUGUCGGAGUUAAAUAAUCCGCAUUGAGAAAUAAAACGGUUUUUUUGAGAUACUUUGAAACUGAUGAUCUUUACAUUUGAGUAGAUACCGUCAGACUUAAUCCUGAAGUAAUUCUGUGGUAAUCUGCUGAUCUUAAUGAUAUUUUAUAGGUUAAUACUACUAAUAGUAAACACUGUGUAGUAAAUGUUGAAAGGUUUAAUUAAGGGAUACUGAAAUAUAUGUGAUACAACAUCAGCUUACUACUUUUUGUCAGUAAAUCACACAACUGAAGGACGAAUGGGUUCUAAAUUUAUUCUUGAAGUUUUGUGCCCCUUACAUCACAAAUGUUACACAGUUUUGUUUUUCAUGUGUGGGUUGUAAACUGUUACCCCACCGUGUGGUGGUUGUGGUUUUAUUUGAAUGUGGGGUGUGAAUUUGCAUGCCAUGAGAAAUUAUGACAUACAAUGAAGGCAUGAGGACUUCAAACCCAAAAUCGUCACGACAACUGGCUGUUUUUUACAUGAGCUGGUUAUUCUCGUUCACUCUGACACUUUGAACGUGUUUCUACAUUCAGAAACGGCUGACGGAUGCCGCAGUAUGCCAUAAUAAGUAACACAGUCCACAUCACAGAGAUCAGUGCUGCUCUAGCAGCCACUGCAGACCACAGUUCUACAAAACAUGACACCUGAGAGUAUGUAGAGUACUGUUUUUGAUUAAACACAUACUGUACUGACUAUAGGUUGAGGACAACAUACCUCCCGAAUAGGCUGGCAUCUUGUAACUGAGGAGCAAUUACAAAAUGACUCCAAAACAUAAAAAUAUUAUAUGUGGGAUUAGUUUUUUUAGGGAGGUAGCAGGUUCACUUUCCAAUUAUAAUAUCAAAAUGUAUACGAUGACUACCUGACCUUUCAGAGCUAAGUUAAAGUCAUAAUGCACCAUGUCCAACCAGCAAUAUUUAAGAGCAAAGCCUUCCUGCUUGUAACUUUACAUAGACUUUCAAAUGGCUUCACUACAGUUGCUGAGACCAUGAUAUCAAAUGUGAAUGUUCAUUAUGCAGUGCAACCCAAUUAAAAAGUAUUAGUUUAGCUAUAUUUUCAUUUCAGAUUAGUUUUUACCUUAUAGUUGUUUUGUCACAUUUAGAGUCACAUGAAAAACAAAGAUUGUAUUGGUCUCUGUGUAGCCCUGUUAAAAAGCCAAGUACACCCCAUAAUUAAACGUCUUGUAGAAUCAACUUUAGCAGCAAUGACCUGAAGUACUCGUUCUCUUCUUGCUUUUGUCAGUCUCUCACGUCAUGGUGGAGGAAUUUUGGCACACUCUUGUUAACAGUGUUCCUUUAGUUCAUUAAGAUUCAUUCAUGCACACCUCUCUUAAGGUCUCACUACAACAUUUCAGUCUUGUUCAAGCCUGGACUUUGACUCGGCUGUUGCAGCACCUUGAUUAUUUUUCUUUUUUCAGUCAUUCUGUUUUGCUGCUGUGGAUCUUUCUCCUGUCGCAUGAUCAAAUUCCAUCCAAGCGUUAGCUGUUGGACACAUUGGGAUUGGAAUAAGAUAACACAAAGAUAAGAAUCUGGAUGGCCCCUAUACUCUUUGGCCUGGAAGACUUGCAGUUUAAUAUUUAACGUCUUGAUUUCUCAGUCCACAGGCUGAUUUUCCACUAUCCCA